AUGCCCAAACGAAAGCGCUCCGUCGCAGACACCGUACAGAAUAAAUUAGAAAAAUAUCGAAUUGAUAUAUUCCGAGCGCUCAGCUCUGCCAAGGUUUUUGAGCGGAAGCGCUUUAGCACUAAGUUGCGCGAGCCUGGAAUCACAGUCGCGAAGAAGACCAGGUUAGAGCGCGAGUAUGGAGUUUUAAAAUCGCUCGAUCUGCGGCAAACUGCCCGACAUCACCUGCACUCGAAUCUUCUCCGAAUCAAGGCCGUAGAAACGUCAGAGGACAUCCCAGAGGAGCUCCGCGCUGAAGUUCCGCGACCAACCCUCUCUCCGGAAGAGAUUGCUUUGCAGAACAAUGUUAUAAGCAUUCUUUGCAGCGCAAGCUCAACCAGACAUGCGCUCGAUCGUGCGAUUACAGACAUCUGCGAAACGCUGGGCGUGCCUGUUCCAACCAAGUCGAAACGAGUGAGGAACAAAAGAAAAGACACAGAAGAGCAACCCGCAGACAGGGAAGAUGGGGAGAGUGGCGAGGAGGAUGUGAAACCAUCGGCCGAUUCUAAGAAGAAGAAAGAGAAGAAGCAGGAGACUGCGGAAGAAGAGUCUGAUAGCGAAUCUGAGUUCGAGGGCUUUGGCUCCGAUGCAGACGAACCUAGGCCGACAAUUGAAGUAUUGCAAGGCUCUGAUCAGGAAACAGCAGUGACAAAGUAUGAUGAUCUGCUGGGGGGCUCUUCUGACGAAAGCGAGGACGAAUUCGACGAGGAGUUUUUGGCAAAAUACCGAGGGACGGAACAGGUCAAUCUAGACGAUAUAUCAGUAUCCGGCUCAGGGUCCGAAGCCGAAGAUGAAGACGAGGAAGAUUUAGAUUCCAUAAGCGGCUCACGAUCGCCCUCGCCGUUACCAACGAGGAAGCCAAAGAAGUCGGCAGACAACGACGAUGAGCCAAACCCCGAGGCCACGAAAAGCAAAAAGGAGAAGAAGGAAGAGGACAAGAAGAAGCGGGCAGCCAAAGCGGCACUGAAAACAGCUCGACCAGGAGACUCGACUUUCCUUCCCACACUCAUGGGUGGUUACAUCUCUGGAUCUGAAUCCGCAUCCGACAUCGACGCCCCACCCAAGAAACGUCGUGGACAGCGCGCACGCCAAGCCAUCUGGGAGAAGAAAUACGGAGCAAACGCGAAACAUCUGCAAAAGGAAGCCGCAAAUGGUGGCAGAGAUGCUGGCUGGGACAUGAAGCGCGGUGCCGUAGGACCAGAUGACCAGGGUCGAAAGCCGUGGAAGAAGGGUGGUCGCGCUCCUGCAGGAGCUGGUGGUCGAGGAGGCUAUUCACAAGGCCGAGAGAGAGGAGCAAAUGCUUAUCAGGAAAGCAGACCAGCUCCUCCGCCCAAGCCGGUUAAGAAGGAUAAUGAGGGGCCGUUACAUCCCAGUUGGGAGGCCCGAAAGAAGGCAAAGGAGCAGCAGAAGGGAGCUACCUUUGCUGGUUCGAAGAUUGUUUUUGAUUAG